AUGGCAGAGCGCAUGUUACCAUUUCGGGAUCUCUUGAAGCAAGGUACUGUUUUCCAGUGGAAUGAACGUCUUCAGACAUUAUUUGAGGAGUCAAAAGCACAGAUUGUAAAAGAAAUAGAAGAAGGCGUUCGCAUCUUUGACCCUGACAGACCCACAUGUUUGACAACUGAUUGGUCUAAAUCAGGUAUCGGGUUCUGGCUCCUUCAGAAACACUGUAAAUGUGAUAAGACAGAACCUUUUUGUUGUCCAUCUGGAUGGAAGAUCACACUUGUUGGCAGUAGAUUCACUCACUCAGCAGAAUCUCGCUAUGCACCUAUCGAGGGUGAGGCACUAGCAGUUGCAGAUUCCCUGGACAAGGCCAGAUACUUUGUAUUAGGAUGCAAGGACUUAACCAUUGCGGUUGACCAUAAACCACUUCUUAAGAUCUUCAGUGACCGAUCUCUUGAGGACAAUCGUCUGAGAAAUUUAAAGGGAUAUUCAGACUGCCUUUCACGCCAUCCUAUUAGUGAUGUAGAAAAACUUAUCUUACCUGAUGAUGUUGCGCAAGUGACCAAUCACAGAACUCCAGAGAGCUUCCAUCUGGAAAAUUCAAAUACUCAAUACAUUCAAAGAAGUGGCAGAGACGGAAACAUGAUUUCAACUGCUGUUGCAUCAUCGAACACCAUUGGCCUGAAGUCGGUGACCUGGGAUAGAGUUCGUAUAGCUACAGCCAGUGACCAGGAUAUGCUUCUACUGAGUGAGAUCAUAGAAGGUGGAAUGCCACAGCACCGUCAUGAAGUACCAGAAUCUCUACGACAGUAUUUCCAAUACCGUGAAGGCUUGUCGACCACUGAUGGGGUUAUUCUGUACAAGGACCGUGUAGCUUUCCCGCAAUCACUCAGGGAGGAAGUUCUAGAUGCCUUACAUUCAGCUCACCAAGGUGUUACAUCCAUGAUAGCUCGAGCUGAGACAUCCGUGUUUUGGCCAGGAAUCACGCCUGACAUAAACAUUCUUCGUGCAGGAUGCCAACAAUGCAACCGCAAUGCACCGUUCAACCCGAGUGCUCCACCAGUUCCACCAAUGAGCCCUGAGUAUCCUUUCCAGUGCAUCUGUGCUGAUUACUUUACUUACAAAGAGCAGUCAGCCGUUGGAGCUCAAGGACUGUUAACUUGCCUCAGACGCAUCUUUGUUACAUACUGGAUACCUGACGAACUUGCAUCUGACGGGGGACCAGAAUUCACAGCUACAGCUACAAGGCAGUUCUUAAGUGACUGGGGUGUGCAUCAUAGAUUAUCCUCAGUAGCCUUCCCUCACAGCAACUGCAGAGCAGAGAUUGGAGUCAAGACAGUCAAACGCCUUCUAAUGGACAAUACUAGUACUAGCUCUUCUGGCGACAUUGAUACAGACUCUUUCCAGCGAGCCAUGCUACAAUACAGAAAUACACCAGACAGAGACACGAAGCUCUCCCCAGCCAUAUGCAUAUUUGGUCGACCAAUCAGAGAUUUCAUCCCAAUUCCACCUGGGAAAUACAAGCCUCAUCCAACAUGGCAAAACACAUCUCUUGCCCGUGAAGAGGCAUUGCGCAACAGACAUAUGCAAUGUGCAGAAAGACUGUCGGAACAUACACUAAGACUACCACCUCUUUCUGUUGGAGACCACGUUCGGAUGCAAAACCAAAUUGGCUCAUUCCCUCGCAAGUGGGAUAAGACAGGAGUAGUAAUUGAGGUGCGCCAGUUUGACCAGUACGUUGUGCGCAUUGAUGGUUCUGGACCUGUCACUCUGCGGAACAGGAAAUUUCUUCGCAAAUAUGUUCCAGUUCAGUUGCCACAAAAGCGGACUAUCAUAGACACUGACACUACGCUACACCAACCAUCGUUUUCUUCGCUGAAGCCUGUCACUUCCCCUACUGUUUCUACGGACACAACAGUGAAGCCUUGA